CACACACACACACACACACACACUUUGUUGUCGGUGAAUGAGACAAGGGGAAUCAAACAAACCAACCGUGGCGGGCAGAAGCGUUGUUGCCAACAUGCUUCGCUCGCUGAAGGAAGUGGAGCGUGAGCUCUCACCAGGGUUCCUCUUGUUUCUCCAUGAUGAUGGUUGGGCAUUCUCCGCUGUGGCAACAUUCAGCGAAGAGGAUGCGCUGCCUGCGCUGCUCCCGUUUGAUCGCGCAUCUCGGCUGCUAUUCAAGGAUAUUGACGCCGGACGUCUGUCCCACAUGCUGAGGGACAUCGUGGGGCAGUCACAGUGCCCCAUAGUGGACGGCUGUGUCAUGGUGGAGGUCCGGGACUAUCGUGUGGCGUUCCUGGACUACUCGCAGAUUGACACGAGCGGGGACAUCCUGCCCUCCAUUCGCCGCCACGUGCUCCGACCGACCACCGAAGUCAUGCUCGCCGACAUUCUGGAGAUGCACAGGGCCGCCAACCCAGACGCAGCCCCGCCAUCAAACGACACGGUGAUUGCGCUGGAACGAGCGCUUCUGCAGCACAUGAAGCCCGAGGUCGAGUUGAAGCCAAGUACGUCUGUUUUUCGCGCCAAAGCGGCACAAUACUACGACCAAAACAUGUACAGCAUCUUCGGCAAGAGCAGGCUCAGGUUCAGCAGAAAGAUCCUCAGAGCUCACUUGCUUGCCGCAAAGCAAGCUGGCGGCAAGGGUGCUGCAGCCGACAAGCACCAGCCAAUCGUAGACUUCCUCCGCAAACACCGACCUGCGACGAUUGGGCACAUGGCGAAGCGAGCACUGGCCCGCGCGCGUGUGAGCGAAGUGCAUGUCCCCCAUAUAUCGCUGCGGACGGGCAGCGCGGAGCUUGGACCAGGCGGUGGGCAGCAGCAGCACAUACUGCCAGAUGCCCUGUCCACGAGUGAAGACCAUUCUUCCAAGCAGUCGCCACCGCCCUCAUCAUCAUCGUUCUUGUCGGAUCUGCUGUCCCGUUCUUCGUCACCUCCGCCAACGGGCGAAGCUUCGGCAUCGACCGCCCUCCACCCGCACACCAGCACCCCCAACAGCCGUCCAACCACCACGACGACGACUGCAACCACGACAACUGCGAAGAGGACCAGCGACAACAGCACUGCACCUGCCGCAAAUGGCAGUGGUGAUGAUGGUGAGCAGGUGAGUGACACGGAGGAGAGCGAAAAGCGCGCGCAGUCUCCCGACGUUGAAGACAGCACCAGUGGGGCGGCAGCGAAGGAUGGCAGCGUGUACACGGGCCAGGAUGACGCGGAUGUUGUUGCCUAUCCAGGAAAUUUCCUCCGCUACCGGCUGCUGCUCCCACCCGAUGUGCCGGUGUCACCACCCAACUCGACCAAACACGGCGCUUCAGAGCACCGCACCCUUGUUGGCGGCGACGACGAUGACAGUGAGGAUGAUGGUGACAACGAUGGUGAUGACGUUAAUGAUGAUGACGGUGAUGAUGGGGAUGGGCAGUAUGACAGCAUCCUUGGCGGUCGGCGCCUGCGACUGUAUCCUCAGCGAAGCGACAGUGGCCAUUUCCCUGACCCAGCACCCGUUCCAAAGGCGCACGCUUCCUACGAGCGCAUUAUGGCGAGUGCGCCGGGAUGCGUGCGCAGCAUUCGUUUAAAACCUCCACAAGAGUCGCCGCACGUACCGGUUCCAAGUGCGCGGCACCAGCUGCUUGAGCUGAAGCCCUCUGCUGAAGGAUGGACCAUCUGCAACCGCCAGUGGUCCGACCUGCCCUUCUCCAAAGACAAGUGCACUGUGAUUGCAACGUGGCGCGAAGCCAUUUUGCACCUGACUUCGCUCCAGCAAUGGCUCACCACCAACUUUGGCUUCAUUGUCGUUGAAGACCAGCAGGCGCGCUACACGUCACACUGCGUUGUGCCCAUCCCGACCACCACUGUUCCGCCGGUUCCUGAGCGCCAAUGCUCGCUGGGCCCACGCCCGUCGUCCCCGUACUCCUCCACUGCCGGGCCCUUCCGCAGCCUUCCACCUCCAUCGGCACCGCACGCGGGCACCACAGCACACCCGCAAGCAACAGCGACAGCAACGACAACGGCAACGACGACGACAUCAGCGCCAGGAACGGGACCGGGAGCAAGUGCAACGACUGGUGCGACGGCGGGUGGAAAGACAGGCGCGAUGAUGACGACGAUGGCCACGACACACGCACGCACGGCCGCCCCUCUCAGUGCCACCGCCCCGCCCCCGACACGAGUGGUCACCGCCCGCGGAGCACCAGUGAUGGCGUCCACAGCGACAACAGCAAGCAGCCAGCAGCCAUUGCAGCAGCAGCAGCAGGCCACCUACCACCCACAGGGCGGCGCUACUGGUGCAUACGCCACCACGACCACCACGGCUGCACCAACGAUGGCAGCAAAUGCGAGCGCAGCACCAGGCAGAGCACCGUCGUCGUCCACCGCCACCUCUGCAACACCGGCAAUGACGGGCACCACCACCAGCGCCAGCUACACGUACCAAGCCCAACAGCGGGGCCCAUCACAGCAGUACACACGCACGGCGCCAUCCCCAUACCAUCCACGCCCACAGCAGACCACCACCGCAGGUGCCAACACCCGGACCAGCACACCCAUGGGAGCGCCAACGCCCUACUCCCGCCCUCCGCCAGCAGGUCCCGUGUACGCGCAGCCGACACCUGCAACUCCGAUGGCCGCACGCAGCAGCACAGCUGUUGCCGCUUCGACAACCACCACCAUCAGCGCACCAACAGGCAGCACGCCAGCACCGGCGUCCGGCCACUGCGGUGUUCCCACGUGUACCAUGUGCGUCCCAGCGCAGCAGCCCCGCUACGCAGUUCCAACCGCGACACACCCUCCACCAACAACAAUGGCGAGCGUGCCCACGGCGAGCGCAGCGUCAUCUGUGCCAACAACUCCUGCUCCUGGCAUUGCUCCUCAAACCAGCCAGCCCGCACCGGCGCCAGCAGCAGCAACAGCAACAGCAACCAGCGCCAAGCGUCGUGCGUCUGUGGCGCAUGCGUACGCUGUUGUUGGUUCUGCAGGCGACAAUGUGCACCUUGCAAAGCGACGUGCCUACUCCACAUCAAAUGUCGCCCAGUCUGACAAUCCCUACUACCAGGCUGCCAACAACACCCCACGCACCUUCGAAGUCCCCGCUGGUGGCAUGUAUCACGUUGUCCCCAUCAACGCCAAGACUGUGAUUUCCGGGCCACCAGCCGCAUAUGCGUAUGCAACGGCCACGCGAACCGCGGCGCCGGCACCUGCUGCUGCAAACGCGAACAGCAACAGCACUGGCAGCAUGCGCGUUGCGGGUGUGCCUGCUGGUGGGAUGGUUGUGCAGACAAUGCCACCGAUGCAGCAGGGCACGGGUGGCGUGCUGAGCAUGGCGCCUUCGACAAUGGCGUCGAGACAGCCCGUCCCCACACCACAGGCAACAACAGCCGCGCCCACUGCAGGCACAGCUACCAGCAACGUUGCACAUGUCUCCGCCCCACCUGGCCACCAGCAGCAGCAGCAGGGGCCCACUGCAAUGGCUGCGGCCUCGAUGACAAACGGGGCGCGUGCACCACUCCCGACAUCAUCACAAGCGACCGUGGUGACAGCAGCAACAGCUCCGAGAGCGUCAACGCCUGCAGCUACAGCACAUCAUGUGUCUGGAUCAAGCGUGGCGCCGGCAGCAUCGGUGAAGCGAGCAGCUCCACGUCGCGCCACACCCAUAACAACGACGACCUCCAUUGCCACGAUGAUGCUGAUGAAGACAGCCAUGCCACCCAUGUCAUCGUCGUCGUCGUCCGCAGCAUCGUCGAUGCCAACGCGACAGGCUGGCCUGGGAACGCAGCAGCAACAGCAACAGCAGCCACCACCACAACAGCAACAACAGCAGCAGCAACCAAAUCGCGUGGUCACAACCGCUGCGCCAAUACCUACAACAGCAGCCGGCACCACAGCAGCAACUGCAGCAGCAACAACAACAGCGCCCAGUGCAUCCGUUGUGCCAGCAGCCCCUACAUCCUCCACAGCUGGUGGGCCAACCACUGCGGUGACCACGCACGCACCCACACCAGCAACGACAACGGCAGCACACCCGACGAAGCAGCCGUCGACGAGCGGAACAACAACAACAACAACAACAACAACAACAACAAGCGAAACGGCAGCAGCAACAGCUGGGUCAACACCCGCGCCUGCUUCAUCCAGUCAACAGCAGUCGCAACAGCAGCCGUAG